AUGAAGAUGAUCGAAAUUAAAACGUCUGCCCCUCUAGUCUCACUACCUCGCAGGUCGAAGGGUGUGAAAGUAGACAGGAACGGCGUCACAUGCUACGAUGAAGAAAUCACCCAAAUCGUUGACUACAUAUACGAUUACGAGAUUGAUUCUCCUCAAGCAUGGACUCGUGCAACUGCAGCUUUGCUUGAUGCCAUAGGAGCUGGUAUCGAAAGCAUCACCACAAGUUCCGAACUCUCACAAUUAGUGGGACCUACUUUCCCUUCGCCAGAUACCAUCCCCAAUGGUUUCAAGCUACCAGGAACAAAUUACCAACUUGAUAUGGUGAAGGGGGCGUUUGAUAUGGGAGCUAUGAUUAGAUAUCUCAACCACAACGAUGCAUUUUUAGGUGCCGAAUGGACUCAUCCAUCCGAUAACCUUGGAGCCAUCCUCUCCACAGCCGACGUGCUCACGCGCGUAGCUACCUCCAAAAACGACCCAGACUCCAUCCUCACCAUGCGCCACGUUCUCAUCGCCCUCAUCAAAGCCUACGAAAUCCAAGGCUGUUUCCAAGGACAAAACGCCUUCAACAAAGCCGGUCUCGACGACGUUAUCCUCGUAAAAGUCGCCUCCACCGCCGUCAUAUCCUGGCUCAUGCGCCUCCCCAAAGAACAAGCCAAAGCCGCCGUCUCACACGCCUGGAUCGAUGGUAACCCUCUGCGUGCAUAUCGUCAAGCACCCAAUGUUGGCCCGAGGAAAAACUGGGCCUCAGGUGACGCGUGCAUGAGGGCUGUGCAGCUGGCGCUUAUAGCGAAGACGGGACAACCGGGAGUGAAAACUGCAUUGAGUGCUCCUCGAGCGGGUUUCUAUGAUGUUCUCUUCAGGGGUGAUACGUUUGAUCUCCCGCGACCAUUGGGAACUUCCGUUAUCGAAAAUGUGUUUUUCAAAGUCUAUACCACGGAAAGCCACGGCAUGACGGCGCUCGAAGCCGCAUUAUCCAUCUGCAAAGAUAUGAACGAAAAGAAAUUGUCCAUGAGCGAUAUCAAGAGUAUCCAAGUGCGCACUCAGGAAGCCGCAAUGGUUAUCAUGAAUAAACAAGGCGCGCUCCGAUUACCCUCGGAUCGCGAUCAUAGUCUAGGCUACAUGAUUGCCAUGACACUUCUCAAAGGCUCUUUACCCUCAGCCGAAGAUUGUUCCAACUCUAGUUCCUGGACUCAAGAUCCGCGUGUCGAGGAACUGAGAGAUAAAAUCUCCAUCCGAGAAGAUGCAGAAUUCACCCAAGGAUACCAUAAUCAAAACCUGCGCAGUCUCGCCAACGCAAUCAAAGUAACCAUGAACGACGAAACGGCAUUGGAAGAAGUAGUAAUUCAUUUCCCGCAAGGCCAUGCGAGGAGAAACGAAAGUUUAGCAUUGGUAGAGAAAAAAGCGAGGAGGAAUUUAGGGUUGAAGUUGAGUGCGGAGAGGAUCGAGUUGAUUUUGGAAAAGUCGAAGAGUAUGGAGUUUUUUGGCAUGUCCGUGUGUGAGUUUGUGGAUUUGUUUGUGCCGGAUGGGGAAUGA